UGGGAGCACUACUCCCUCAGAAUUCGGAAAACUGCAACUAUCUCUCUCUCUUCCUUUCUCUCUCUAAGAUUUUUCCAAAAAUGGUGUAUUAUUCCCCCGGCGUGCAGGAUCCUGAUCCCAGUCUAGCUGCCGCCGAUGAGCAGGUUCAUGUUCGCCGAGGCCCUCGCCGUUCCAGGGAGCUCCCAGCCGCCGGUGAUCAAGAGAUUCCCAAUCGUUCCAGGUCAGAUGCUCCGGAUCCAACUCGCCGGUCACGGCACCAUGAUCCUUCUCCGAGAGUGUCGCCUUACACAGUUCAUGUGGGAUUUCAAAAUCCAUUGGAAAUUAGGCAAGGUGGAGAACGUGGGAGGAAGCUGUAUAUAUCCAACUUGGCAUAUAGCGUUUCCGACGAAGAUAUCAGAACACUGUUUUCAGAAAUUGGCCAUUUGCAAAAUUUUGGAGUUCACUAUGACAGGACUGGCAGAUCCAUGGGAACUGGAGAGGUUGUUUUCUUUCGCCACUCAGAUGCUAUGGCAGCCAUGAGGACAUACAACAAUGUACCCCUUGAUGGGAGACCAAUUAAGAUUGCCGAGGUUGGAGUGCAUGUUGAAAUUGCCCCUGUGCCUUUGCCUGGUCUUUUUCAGGGAUCAUUACCAAUCACACCUUUUCAGUUUGUACCACCAAGUAUACCACCAAACCUUUCAGGAUAUGAAGAAGGUGAGUCUAGUAGGUUGCCAAGGGCUGGGGGUUCUGGCAGUAGAGCACAAGACCCACAAUUUAAGCCUCAUGGACAUGAAGGCUGGAGGGAUAGAAGCCACCAUAGACAUGUCACUAAUGCAGAACUAGAUGCUGAUUUGGAUAGGUAUCGUUCAGAUGCUAAGAGAAAAGACUGAUAUAUAUGUGUGUGUGUGUGUUAUCACUUAUCAGAUAUGAUGAUGGAUGCACUGCUGUUGUUUUGUUCAUGACCCUGCUCCUAGUUCUUCUGCUAUGUUAGAAACCAGAGUUUAAGAUGACUUGGAUAGUGUGGUAUAUACUGCAGGUAUAGGCUAUUUUGCAUUGUAUGGAAGUUGGUCUCAGAUACUGUAUUAGUAUAGUUUAUAUGACUGUCAAUUUCUCAUGCAAGA